GGUUUUCAACGGAAAUCAUUCGAACGCAGCUCAUUGGAACUAUCUGUACCCACUUUGGAUGAACCGCGGGACCCGCAACCAACCGCAAGCUACUCGGCGCGUUCACCCUCUGUUGACUUGCAGUGUACUUCUUUCUCGAACACAUCUUCACCAAGCGGCAGUGUCGGGAUGUCUGGGACUUCUACAUCUGUCGUUGUCCCCAAGUUCCCUAACUUUCCCGGAUCUCUUCUUAGGAUUUCUCCUAUGCUUUACCAUGAUGCAUUUGAACGAUCCUGUAUGUCGACCCCACCAGUGCUCCUAUCUGGCCAUACGGGCCCAGUCACUUCCACCUUUGAUCAAACAGUUAUUCGCGGCGUACCUAGUUUAAGUCUGCAAUUUGAGGCCUGUAAUCUCUAUGAAUCUCAUUUCGUCAAUUGACCUCUUCUCCAUACAACCGUGAUUAACAGUAUCCCCUUUUCGUUUGGAUGCCCUUAGGUAUUUCUCUUCCCUGUCAGCUGACGUUUUAUUACCUAUUAUUCCGUUUCGCGCUUACACAUCACUCUUGUCGUCUUCCAAUUGGGAAUUAUGCUAUGGGCCAUGCAUCUAGGGUUCCAUACCACAAUUCGUACCUGCCACUUUUGACGUAGUGCUGCCUCAUGGGAAUAGCACAUCUUGUGCAUUUGUUUUAAGGGUUUGAUCAUUUGUACAUGGCAGAACGUGCCUCUUCCUUUCGCUACAGAUAAGUGGGCUAACUUGGAGCACAGCAUCAUUUUAUCUAGGUUAAUUUCGUUUUCAAUUAUUCUCAUACCACAUUCAUUAUUGUGCACGUCAUGUCCAAGAUCCUGUUGCAUCGCUGGAGCCGAAAGUGUUCCUUCACCUUAUGCUGAAUCUCCG